UCUCGUCAUGCAAUGAUGCCACUAGAACGAUCUCCUCUGCGCGUCUUGCUCUUCGUCUUCUCCAGCCUCGGCGCCGCCGGCACCGCCGCGGCGACAGAACGGAGGAUCCCGAACGCCACCGCGUCGGCAACGUGCCCUUCGUACCGGUGCGGCCACGCCGUGGACAUCCGGUACCCGUUCUGGAUCGACGACGACGCCAACGCGAGCGCCGGCAACUCGUCGGCAUCCCACUACUGCGGAUACCCGAGCCUGCGGCUGGAAUGCCGGCGCGACACGCCGGUGCUGCCGCUCCCGUCGGGGGACUACGCGGUGACCCACAUCCUGUACGGCGACCGCACCGUGUCGCUCUUCGACCUCGGCGUGUUCUCGCGCUCCAACACCUGCCCGCUCGUGGGGCGCAACCUCUCCCUCCCGGCGGGGUCGCCGCUGUCGCUGACGGCGCGGGACGCCAACCUGACCUUCUUCGUGCACUGCUCCUUCGUGGGCAUCCCGGCGCACCUGGUGGCGUGCCUCGAGGGCGACGGGCGGCACCACUCGUACGUGUUCCGCGACGGCGACGAGCUCGCGCCGCCGCGCGGGUACGCGGGGCUGUGCCAGGACGUCGUCGGCAUGCCCGUGCUGCGGAGGUCCCUGCUCGGGGCCGGCGGCGGCGCCAGCAGCCCGCUGGACGCCGUCGUGCCGGCGCUCAACAUGGGGUUCGAGCUGAGCUGGAGGCCGGUGGCGGACGGGGAGUGCGGCCGGUGCGAGAGGGCCGGCGGCCUCUGCGGCCGCCGUCGUGGGGCGGGGAACGGGCCGUGGACCUUCGCCUGCUUCCGGGCUGCGGCAACCGCUGCGUGGAUUGCUUCAAAACGCCCCGUGCGGGAAACUCACCGUCGCCUACCCGUUCUGGCUCGACGGCACGCACCCGCCGGAGUGCGGCUACAAGGCCUUCCAGGUUACAUGCGACAAGCAGGCCGGCAACCUUUCCCUGGCCAACUCUUACUGGAGAUACCAGCUCCAGGACAUCUUCUACGAGAACAGCUCCUUCACAGCCGACCUGUCUGGCGCCCCUUGCGAUCUCCAGAAUUUCGUCAACCCCUCCUCCGACCUCGGCCUCUCGCCGUUCAACAUCAGCUCCAAGAACCUGGAGCUGUUUAUCCUAUACGACUGCCAUCUGGGGAGAAGACGCGCACCGCCGCCUUCUUGGACGCGCGUGCGCUGCCCGCCUGCGCCUCCGGAUGAUGACCCGGACUCGUCGCCGGUGUUCGCCUUGCUUGGGAUCAAGUACACGCCAGGCGGCAUCGCGACGCCACCGCCGACGAAUUACUGCAACGUGUCGAUGAUCCCGGUGCUGGGAUACGAGGGAGCGACGGGGGCGGACUACCAGCGGCUGUUGCAGGGUGGGUCUCUGCUCGAGUACACGGAUGCUGGGGCCUGCAAGGCUUGCAGAGUGUCUGGCGGCCAGUGCCGGGUUGAUGCAUCCGACGAUGCGUUCAAGUGCUACUGCACCGACGGCAACGACAACUGGUUCGUUUGCGGUGAGUUCUGUUUAAGCUUAUGAUUUAGUAGUAACUUGUUCUGUGUCUUACUGUUUCCUUCGUCUAGUUGGUUUUUGCCUCUAUAAUCUAUACUCGAUUUCCAGGUAACAUGCGUAAGCUUGGUAUAUUAGCACAACAUUUUUUUUUUGCCCCCGAAACACUCGAGAAUGCCCUGAUAUAGUGAUAUUAGCAUCCGUCAAGAAAAUAUAUUUUUUAGUUUCA